GCCAGCUAGCAGGCUAUACGGGAUAGCUCUCGUAGCAACACUCUUUGUCAGCAUCACGGGAAAGACAGAAAACCGAAUUACAGGAAUAGCGAGAGACGUUUAGAAACGAACACGAGUAACGUUAGUUUAUUUUCCGCAAAAAAAUAUAACGCUGUUUUUUAGGACCGUGAGAGAGUUGACACUUCCUUCUGUAUACAAACAAAACCGAGUCCGUUGUUCUUAAGGUAGACUUGAGAGUUAUUUUGAUACUUUGUAGUUAGCAGCUAGCUCUAGGCCACUUUUGUUAACGUGCAUCAUGAUGAUGUUUGAAAUCAUGCGAAGACAACGUUAAAAGGAAAUUUUUUAUUUCCUUCUCACGAGCUAACAUGACAGAAGAGGGGUACUUUUUGAGCGAAAGGCAGCCCAUGGAAUGCGAAGGAACAUGGCAACUUUUUUGCUGCCUGGAGUUUAACGGAGGCGAGUUGGGUCCAGCUAGAGAGAAGAGCCCAAGAUCCUGAUUUCAUCCGAUAUAUAUUUUGUUGCAUCAGUUGAAUAUUGUGGAGAUGGAGACCGUGGGGAAAUUCGAGUUCAGUCGGAAAGACUUAAUAGGACACGGCGCGUUCGCGGUGGUGUUCAAAGGCAGACACAAGGAGAAACAUGAUUGGGAAGUGGCUGUGAAAUGCAUAAACAAGAAAAACUUGGCAAAGUCACAGACACUUUUAGGAAAAGAAAUUAAAAUAUUAAAGGAGUUGAAACAUGAGAAUAUCGUUGGGUUACUUGACUUCCAGGAGAUGGCGAGUUGCGUGUACCUUGUCAUGGAGUACUGUAACGGGGGAGACCUGGCAGACUACCUUCAUUCAAAAGGCACCCUGAGCGAGGACACCAUCCGGGUCUUCCUGCAGCAGAUUGCCGGCGCCAUGAGGGUCCUGCAAGCCAAGGGGAUCAUCCACCGCGACCUGAAACCCCAGAACAUCCUGCUGUCCUACUCCGGGGGCCGCAAGUCCAACCCCAACAACACCCGCAUCAAGAUAGCCGACUUUGGGUUUGCGCGCUACCUCCAGAACAACAUGAUGGCUGCCACACUGUGUGGUUCUCCCAUGUAUAUGGCCCCUGAAGUGAUUAUGUCCCAGAACUACGAUGCCAAAGCUGACCUGUGGAGUAUAGGAACCAUUGUGUACCAGUGUCUGACCGGGAAGGCCCCCUUUCAGGCUAGUAGCCCACAGGAUCUCCGGCUGUUUUACGAGAAAAACAAGAACCUCAGCCCCAACAUCCCGCGGGAGACGUCACACCACCUGAGACAUCUGCUUCAGGGCUUGCUGCAGCGCAACCACAAAGACCGCAUGGACUUCGAUGAGUUUUUCCGGCAUCCCUUCCUGGAGGCGAGUUCGUCCAUGAAGAAAUCUGCCCCUGUGCCCAUGCCCUCCUACCCCAGCUCUGGAUCUGCCAGCUCCUGCAGCAGCUCGUCCACAUCUCACCUGGCCUCCCCACCACAGUCAGUUGCAGAGAUUCAGCAGCUCCGUACCAAGGCCCUGGCCUCCCCGACCCAGGAUCCCCCUGGCUUCCUGCUGAAGGACUCGGGAGGCAACAGCAGCAGCAAGAACUCGUCCUGUGACGCGGACGAUUUUGUCAUGGUGCCGGCCCAGUUCCCCAGUGAGAUCACCUGUGAAGUGCCCGGUGGCAAAGGUGUCCAGGACUGUUUGAUGUACAGUGGGAGCUCUCUGGUGGCCUCUGCUGGUCUGGGGAGUCAGGGCAAGACACCUUCCCCUGCGCCUUCCUUCAGUGGCUCACCCAGCCCUGUAGGUAGGGUUGCUGAUUUCUCCGCCAGUAGCUACAGUCAGUCUGUACCCAUCCCCGUCCCCACACAGAUCCUCAACUAUCAGCGCAUGGAGCAGAAUCUGCACUCCCCAAACCAGCAUGGGUCACCCAGGGCAGUGCUUCCAAAGCGUAGGUACAGCACUGGCUCCCAGGGCAUCGGGAGGAUCGGCGCCUCACCCCCCUUCCCCGACCAGGGUGCAGCCUUCUGUGGCCGCAGGCUGUCAUUGGGUGGGUCCAGACCUUACCAGCCCUCCCCUCAAGUUGGGACGAUCCCAGAGAUGCCUGGCCAGACCUGUCCGCUGGGCACAGAGACCGGCCGUGCGCUGCAGGGUGCAGGCCCAGAGCUGUCCCUUCCGCAGCAGCACGGCCUGUGCACUCGGCUCCACAGCGACCCCUGUCUGAUGGAGGCCGCCCACGGCUACAGGCAGAAGAUCCGUAAGCAGCAUUCGGACCCCCCAGUACCGCGGCCCUGCAGCCAGCCCCAGCAGGUCCCUCCAGGGGGCGCGCCCGGCCGACCCCUGCACUCAUCACCCAAACUGAGUGAGCUCAUGCAGAGGAGCCCACUCCCCACCAUCCUGGGGUCCCCCACCAAGGCCAUGCCACCAUUUGAGUUCCCCAAGCCGCCAAGCUCCCAGAACCUGGUCACCUUGCUGGCGCAGCAGGGUCUGAUGUUGACGCCGACCCGAAACAGGACGGUUCCCGACCUCAAGGACCUGGCGCUGACCCCCGGCGCCCAGCCUGGCUCCUGUGGCAAAGCAGCAGAGAAGAGCAAAGGCUCUUUUAAAAGGUCCCUGAGCGCUGGACGCCUGUCGGACAUGCUGCUGAAGGCCGCCUUCGGGCCCCAGCUACUGGAUGGAGGGAGCAGUGAGAGUCUAAAUUCGGAGAGACCCAUGGACACCACAGCUCCCCCUGGUGGUGGAGGUGGAAUGGUGGUGGGUUCAGGUAGCCCAGCCCCUGUAAUCUUCACUGUCGGUUCCCCGCCCAGUGGAAGCACCCCACCGCAGACAACACGCACCCGAAUGUUCUCAGUGGGCUCCUCCAGCUCAAUCAGCUCAGCCGGGUCCUGCAGCAGUCGCCAGGCCAUGACGGGCAUGUGCGCAGACGGCUGCGAGGGUCCUUCAAGCCCACGCUUUGGCUUCACUGACCCUGUGACAGCCAACCUGGAAGGGGUUGUCACCUUCGAAGCCCCUGAGCUGCCAGAGGAGACUCUGAUGGAGCAGGAGCACACAGAGACGCUGCGUAGCCUCCGCUUCACGCUGGCCUUCGUCCACUGCGUCAUGGAGAUCGCCAGCUCCAAAGGCAGCGGGAUGGAGACCAGCGAGGCCCCCGACGCCUCUUUCCUGCAGCAGCAGAGCCUGGUGGCUGAUCAGAUCAGCCUCCUGAGCAGAGAGUGGAGCUAUGCAGAGCAGCUGGUGCUGUACAUGAAGACCGCAGAGCUCCUGUCCUCUGCUCUGCACACUGCAAUGGAAAGCAUCAAGCAGGGCAAGCUCUUCCCCUCCUCCGCAGUCAAACAAGUGGUGAAGAAGCUGAAUGAGCUCUACAAAACCAGCGUCACGUCCUGCCGCUGCCUCAACGUCCGGCUGCAGAGAUUCUUCCUCCACAAACAGCGCCUAAUGGACCGCAUCAACAGCAUCACUGCUGAGAAGCUGGUCUACAGCCACACUGUGCAGAUGGUGCAGUCUGCUGCAUUGGAUGAAAUGUUCCACCACGGAGAAGCCUCCAUCCAGCGCUACCACAAGGCCUUGCUGCUGAUGGAGGGCCUGUCCCUCAUCAUCACCGAGCAGUCAGACAUCAGCAACAUCAGCAAGUGUAAGCUAUGCAUUGAGCGCCGGCUCUCUGCUCUGCAGUCUGGGCUAUGCGCUUGAGGGAUGUGAUCAGAGCCUCCUUUGAGCCAAGUAGUCAGCAGAAUUUCCCACCACUUCCCACCACAACGGUUGGCACCCCGGAACCUCUGCUUCCCGCCUCUCCUCACUGUGACCCUGUAUCCGCUUCCACCUUCACCUCUGACCUCCACACCACAUGCCCCACCCCUCCCUUGCUGCGCCCCUUCAAGCCUUCAAGCCCAAAUUUUCUUGGGGGGGGGGGGGGGUGCCUGAAGAACACCCAAGGCUUCCAGUUCCCUCGUAUGACAACCAACCCCAGACAUCUGCACUGUUAGAGUUGUGAAUAAAGGUGCGUUGUUCCCGCUAAAGGGUACCAGCUGAGCAUCUGCUCCCAUGGUCAUCCCUGCCACCGUCAGUCGAUUCAGCCGAACAUCUGUGAGCCAAGCAGCAAAGCUUAUCAUUGCAAAUGUCUGAGAUUUGGCUCUCUGGAAAGACCUGUUUCAAGUGAAAUAUGAAAGCAGUCCCCUGGACAUGAGAACACAAUGAAGCUCUGGAGAACCGGAGACAGAGCUGAGUUCUCCAGGAAGGCAGAGUUGUACUGUUCUUGCCAGAAGAACACCCCUGUGCUCAGGCGCAGGGGUCAAAGAAGAACUGCUCUAACAAGAGCGAAGAAGCGCUUGACUCA